AUGACCGAACCGAGACGCUCUGCGAGGCCCUCGCCGCACAGGUCUUCGUCGGCCCUGGCGCCCGCUUCACGGUCUUCAGAUUCCGCCUCCGUCCGGCCACGAAACCGCCGUCUUAUCAGCACGGCAGACGGCGACGACGACACCGCCACGUCCACCAACCUCCACGAUCGAGGAGCGAGCCGCUCCCGCCGCGGCCGCAAUCCCAACAACGUCCACGACACGGCAGCCUCGCCCUCCCCUGCGCGGAGUUACGGCCUCUUGUCCGCCUUCAGCCCCGCCAACAGCAGAUCCGCGAGCCCUCUACCUUCAGAACGAGGCGGCGCCAGCCCCCAUCGCACCAGCAGUGCUGCCAACCUGACAAACUUCUUCAAUGACUCUCUGACCCAGAGCUGGGCAUCUGUUCAGGGGUUCGCCUCCUCCCUCAUAUCGGGCGACGAGGGCCCGGCAAGGAGGUCCCAGUCCCAUAAUCGAGCGGGCACUCGACCUGGGAACUGGGGCAUGGACUUUUCUAGCACCAGCAACUCGAGAAAUGCCGCUGCAUGGGGUCCCGCGCCUCCCAAGGAGCCAGGCCUGGGUGACGUGGGUGCUGGUUCGCGGGAGGAGCGUGAGGCCGCGUUCAAGGCUGCGAAAAGAGCCAUGGUGCUGGAGAGUCACGACGGCGUCAACGGGGGACUCGACACCAGUGGGAAACACAAGCGCCGCAAUUCGGACGAGUCCGCCGCCGAACAAGCUCAACCUCAGGAAUACUUGGUCUACAUCCACAAGGUUGAGCCCAGUGACACUUAUGCCGGGCUCAUCUUGAGAUAUCAGUGCCGGGAGGACGCCUUCAGGAAGGCCAAUGGUCUCUGGACUCGAGACAGCGUACAGAUGCGCCGAUGGUUAAUGAUCCCGGUUGAUGCUUGUGACGUCAGGGGGCGGCCUUGCGAUCCACCUUCAUGGCAAAACUCGCAGGGCGUUGACUUGCUUGCUCCAACUCCUGCGGCUGAAGAAAGUACGGCAACAGGGGCAACACAUGACGAUUUCUUUAGUCGACCUGCGAACGGGACGUCUUCGGAGUCUAGAGUGACCGACGAAGAGGAAAAGCGAUGGACACAUGUUCGCUGGGUCAAAAUUGACUCGUUCCAGCAUCCGGUUGAGAUUGCGCGGGUUGCGCGAAACGCAAUGGGUUACUUUCCUCCUCGACGGAAGAAGAGCAUUCGAACUAUCUCAACAUUCUCGACGCCACGGCAAAGUCUCGAUUUAUAUAGCAACCCCCCUGGUUCCGCGGGUACUGCGUCUCGUCGUCAGAGCUCCCUCGGUCACAGACCCCAGUUCUCGGGAACAAUAACUUCAAGUCCUGGGCGGGCAAUCAGCGAGGGAGGCGAGUCUUUGCCGUCGUGGAUGCGGCGACCUGGAGGAGUAGGCUCCAUGGGCCUCAAUUCGCGAGCACCAGGACCAGAUAAGGACUAUCUUACUACGUGGACCAAGAAACAUCUUCCGGGGCUUAAUCUGGAUAGUCUCCCUUCCAUGUCCGUCAUGGGCUCGGAGACAGCGCAUUUUGGAUUUAAAUCAGGAGAAUCAGCGACUAUUGUCGAAAACCACACCAAGGAAGGACAUGAUACCAACUCAACGACACAGCAGGGAAUUGGGUUAGAUAAAGCUGCGGCAGCUGUUGAGACUUGGCUCAGGGGCGCCCUCUCUCGAAAGCCGAGCACGCAAUUGGAAAGGAUCCGUGGCAGGCCUGAACGAGACGGCGAUCUCAUCGAGCUGACGGACACGGGCAGCGAUGAUGGCAGGCAGAUGAUGGGAGGACCGACCAGCCUGAUGGAAGCACUAUCAAUCGGGACCACCAGCCGAAGUGAGGGUGAUGGAGCUCUCCGAGGACGGAUCGUGGCAUCAGGAGCCAAGGGUGGCAAAGAUGAUUAA